AUGUACACAAUCGUCAAACAAGGAUCUAAACAGGCUGCUCAUCACAUUAAAGUGGCUCUUGAAGAUUUCAGCAAAACAACAGGGCUGGUUGCUAAUCUAGCUAAAUCCCAAGUGUUCUUUGGGGGAGUCCAAGAUGCUGAAAAGCAGGCUAUCCUGGAUGACAUUCAACUUGAGGAGGGUACCUUCCCCCUUAAGUACUUGGGGGUCCCUAUGAGACCAACCAAGUGGAAAAAAGAAGACUUUUUGUUAGGCCUUCGUAACUACUGGAUGAAUAUCUUCAUUCUUCCUCAAAGCAUUGUUAAAGAAGUGAAGAAGCUUUGUAGGGGAUUUCUUUGGGGAGUUAAGGGUAAUAGGAGCAAAUUACACAUUGCUUCUUGGGAAAAAAUUUGCUACCCUAAGUCUCAUGGAGGGCUUGGAUUUAGAGAUAGUGCAAAUUAG